AUGGUCUUGAAGGUCUAUGGCCCAGACUAUGAUUGCCCAAAACGGGUUAUAGCGUGUCUGAUUGAGAAAGAAAUUGAGUUUGAAGCAGUUCAUAUUGAUGGCUUCAAGGGAGAGCAUAAGCAAUCUGAGUACCUCAAGUUGCAGCCCUUUGGAUUGCUUACUGUUAUUCAAGAUGGUGAUUACACUCUUUAUGAAUCAAGGGCAAUAAUUAGGUACUAUGCUGAGAAGUUCAAAAACCAAGGGACUGAUUUGUUGGGGAAAACAAUUGAAGAAAAGGGUCUUGUGGAGCAGUGGUUGGAAGUGGAAGCCCAUAACUUUAACCCACCCAUCUUCAACUUGGUUAUGAAUAUUUUGGUUUCACCACUAUUGGGCCUUCCAUCAGACCCAAAAGUGAUUAAAGAGAGUGAAGAAAAAGGUGUUGACAUUUAUGAAGAGGGGCUAUCCAAAACAAAGUAUUUGGCAGGGGAUUUCUUCAGCCUUGCUGAUCUUAGCCAUCUCCCAUUUACCCAUUAUUUGAUGAACCAAUUGGGAAAAGAGAAAAUGGUUAGAGAAAGGAAGCAUGUGAGUGAUUGGUGGGAUCAUAUUAGCAAUAGGCCAUCUUGGAAGAAGGUCCUUCAAAUAUACAAAUACCCUAUGUAA